AUGUAUGCAUGUAUUUGUGCAUAUUGAAUUUGACGGCCGAUUUGCAAAAAGUCUCUUUUUUUUGUUGCACACACCACCAGUUGGGAAGAAUUUUGCGGAAAUUUUUUGUCAAUUUUUGCAAAAACUAUCCAAAAAUACUAAAUCAAAUUUAUAACACCGACAACUUCAAAGUAUGCUAAUUUAAUUGCAAUCAAUUGUUAGUUUGGAAAUUAUGGCAUCUGCGUUGGAAAAUUACGUAAAUGUUGUUCGUACUUUAAGUGCAUCGGGAAAUUUCGAUGUUUUAGUUGAGCAAUUGAAUGACUCGAUUGAAUUGCUAACAAAGAAUUCGAAUAUCUUGGACAAUGUCCUGGAGACCCUGGAUAUCCAACAGCAUUCGUUGGGAGUGAUGUAUGUUUUGUUGGCUAAAUUCUCAAAUGCUUUGAAUGCACAAAAUUCAACAACGGAUGCUGCUCAUUUAAUUAAACUCUUUAAAGAUUUCAUAACGCUUUGCAAUGGAGAGCAAGUUCGCUUUGCCAGCCAUUCUUAUUAUGAACUCUGCCACUUUUUCACAACUUUCAUAUUACGUCAGCCAUCGUGUAUUCACGGUAUAAAGAUUCUAGCCCAUGCUGUAGAUAAAAUACGUCUCUUUGAUUCGCAAUUAACCGCCGUACAUGCGGACUUGUGUUUGCUAAGUUUACAAGCUAAAUGCUUUAAAACGGCUUUAAAAUUCUUAGACAUCGAUAUCACAUCAAUAGCCACUGAUGGCUCAUCGAAUCGAGGAUCGUUUUUUGCAUCCAUACAGGACUCAAAUCAUGAUGUAAAAUAUUUCCUCCUUUACUAUUAUUACGGCGGUAUGAUAUAUACGGCUGUCAAAAACUACGAACGAGCCUUGUAUUUCUUUGAAGUCGCUGUUUCAACACCUGCCAUGGCAAUGUCCCACAUUAUGCUUGAGGCUUAUAAGAAAUUUAUUUUAGUUUCUUUAAUAUUGCAUGGAAAGAUUCUCACAAUCCCCAAAUAUUCAUCACAAGUUGUGUCGAGAUUUAUGAAACCACUUAGUCAAGGCUAUCACGAUCUAGCAACGGCGUAUGUUUCUUCAUCCAGUGAUGAAUUGCGAACAGUAGUCAUUAAAUAUAGUGAAGUUUUUAUAAGAGACGUUAAUAUGGGUUUAGUGAAACAGGUCCAAUCCUCAUUGUAUAAGAAAAAUAUCCAACGACUAACCAAAACGUUUUUAACUCUAUCACUACCGGACGUAGCCAGUAGAGUCCAACUGACCACUGCAGCCGAAGCAGAGAAAUAUAUUUUACAUAUGAUAAAGGCUGGAGAAAUUUAUGCUACAAUCAAUCAAAAAGACGGUAUGGUCGUGUUUAAGGAUGAUCCAGAGAAAUACAAUACACCAGAAAUGUUCCUUAAAGUACAAGAAGAUAUGUCUGGAGUAAUGGAAAUUAUAAAACAAAUAAAUAAAAUGGAAGAAGAGAUUGUAUUAAAUCCUUUGUAUGUAAAGAAGGCAAUCGGCAAUCAAGAGGAAGAAAUUGCAUCUGGGCAGCAUUCAAAAACAUAUUCCGGAGAUCCCGCAGAAUGAUGUUUCAACGCUUUGUCAUGACUGCAGAAUAAAUUUUACAAACUAGUUCAUCCAUUAUCAUCUCUAAAUCUGCGUUAUAUUUUUAAAAGAACAAUGAAGGAAUGUACACUAUUAUAUAUCUCGUUGCAAGAGUGCUAAACAAAAAAAAAAAACAAUAUUUUGCCAGUUUAUUCGGCAAAAUAAAAAAAAAAAACAAAACAAAAUUGUAAUAUUUUAUGUUUUUCUAUCAUUUAGUAUUAUUAUUGUUUUUUUAAUUUUUUUUU